AUGUUAGCAAGAUACGCUUCUAGACGAAUUUUCCAAGUGCGCCAAUUUUCUGGAUGCAAUUUUCCAGUGGUGACACUGCCGUCAAUUCUGCAACAACGUGAUUCUCCGACCCAUAAGAAAAUCAAUAGAAAUGUUUCAUCCGUGUCAGGGAUCCCAAGCUUAUCUUCUGGUCAGGAAAUGACUAUCGAUAACAUGGUAUCGUCCAUCUACGACCAUGUGUCCAAGUGCGGUCCGGAAAACUUUACUGAUGAGGAUAAGAAGAACAAAAUUCUUCAGCCACGUGCCAUCAGUGACAGCUAUCGAAAGUUUGUGAUUCCUCUCAGCACGGAUACUGUAAAGCAAAAGGAAUAUUUGAGUGCUAUGGGAAACGUUCGAAUUGGAAAGAUUCUGGAAGACCUGGAUCAUAUGGCUGUCCACGUGGCAUAUAUCCACAAUUCGGAAAACGGAUCACUAGAUGGACCUAUGACAUUGCCACGAACCAUUGUGACAGCUUCUGUGAAACGUGUCGAUUUCCAUAAGUAUGUUAACACAAAGAAGAAUAAAUCUAAAGAAUCGUUUCUCAGGGAAGAUAUUAACUCAUCGAGAGACAUUAUCAUUGAUGGACAAGUCACUUAUGCUGGAACGAGUAGCAUGCAAAUUUCGAUUCGCUUGUUCCAAAACGAUGAAAACGGAAACUUGGUUCAUAUUCUCAAGGCUGACUUCAUCAUGGUAUCUCGUGACCCGCUGGAUGGAACAAAGAAAAUUCGAGUGCAUGGUUUGGUGGCCAAAACUCCAGAUGAGGCAGAGACUAUAAAUCAAGCAAAAGAGCAUUUCAAAACGAUGAGCAACCGAGACGAGGAGCCAACAAACGACGAAUUCAGAUUGAUUCAUCGUAUGUACAACAAAUUGAUUGCCAGAAAUAUGGUUAAUGAUACUCCUGUUCUUGAAAAAUCCGAGAUUUGGAUGCACAAAACUAUGUUGUCAGUGACUGAAAUCUGUUUUCCUGAGUAUCAAAAUAUGUAUGGAAAGAUUUUUGGAGGAUUCCUGAUGCGGAAAGCUCUUGAGCUGGCAUACACAAAUGCUAAAAUGUACUGUAAGGGAAGAGUUGCCAUUCGCUCGAUGGACCACAUCGAGUUCGCGAAAGCUGUGGAAAUUGGUCAUGUACUUCAUUUUGACUCCUUCGUCACAUAUACCGAUCGAAAGUAUAUCCAAGUGAAAGUGGUUGCUUCGAUCUCCGAUCAGAAUAAGCUACCCGAACUUGCAAAGAUCAAUAAUCCGACGCUUGGACAAGAGGCUCGUGUGAACACAAACGUCUUCAAUUUCACUAUGGAAAGUGUGGACAAUCCAAAUAUCUUGACAGUUGUCCCCAAACAUUACGUUCAUGCAACUACGUAUCUUGAAGGAAGACGUCUUCUGAAUAACACUCUAAAGAGAAUCAUCAAUUGA